AUGAGGAUGAAGAACAAUCUUGAAUCUGCAUAUGGUGCAUCGAGUUACCAAAUCGGUGGAAAGCCCUCUACCCGAUCCAAGCAACCAUCUGCUUUUCUGAUGUCAACAAGGGAAAAGAGAACGAAAACGGUGAAUGAAUCGGAGGCAAGUUCCUCCAGUUUGAAGAGUUCAAACAAGAAGGACUCUGAAUCUGUUGAUUCAAGGUUAUGGCAAGGUCUAGGCGUACUUGCUGCAACUCCGAUGUCCUCACUAUCCACUCCCUCAACCAUUUUGAGGAAACCUUCGAGAUCUUGUGUCUCAAAGGAGAAGAAGACAAAGGCAUCCCGCGCGUCUAAAUCUGUAAAGAAUGCGUCUCCUAUUGUUCAAACUAACCUAGUAGCCGCCGGUGCUACAGAGUCUUCACAACCAGAACAAGGGGCUGUUCUUACCCUUGUGGCUGGUGAAUCCACUAUUCCCGCUCCUAAAGAUUCAUUGGUAGCAGGGAAAGUACCUCGUGUGGAGCUCCCUGCUGAGCUCUGUAAGGAACCUCAAUCAGCGUUUGAACUGAUGCGUUCCAAAAGACAGUCAGGUGGAAUCGUAAUCGGUGAACCCAGAAUUGCUCCAAAACCCGUAGAGGUUGUUGGAAAAGCUGAGAAACUGGAGAUUUUUGAAUCUUGGUUUCUCGAGAGAUUGUCAUCCAAGUAUAAUGAUUCUUUGUCAAACUCUACUAUAACGAAAGAAUGGAAGAAGAGGGUGGCAAACGAAAAGAAAGUUCUGAAAAGGGAUAGAACUUCAGAGGUUGCUGAGGCUCUAAAGAGAAAAGAUUUUGUAGAAGCUUGUCUGUAUGGAAAAGCUCUUUUCCCAAUCUUCGAAGCCAGAAAGGCAAACUUCAAUCCUUUUGAGAAAGGAUCUGAAGUAGAAGUGAAGGUUUUGAAGAAGCUAAACGACAUCCUAGAUGGCUACGUCUCAGUAGCUUCUCGACACAUUCAUGGCGCCGAUUGCUCUAGUGCAGAACCUCUAAAUGAUGAUGAAGCUAUGGAUAUUCUUAAUGCUGAGAAAGAUGCUGAUGAGCUAGAUGAUGCUCUCGUGAUCGAAUUCGAGAAUCUUUCUCCCGAAGAGAGACGCAUUCUAGAUCAACCCAUUCAAGAGUUUCCGAAUGAAGAAGAAGAAGAAAGAGCUGAAGAAGAAAUUGAAGAAGAAGAGCAGGAUGAAGCUGCUAAGAAGGCCGAAAAGAAUCAACUGGAGCAAUCCUUGCAGAUUCACAUAAACUUUGAGUCAAUUAAGAGCAUGGUUGCAGAGUCUGAAGAGAUCUCAUCUCCUGAAGAGUCCUCUAUCGAAGGAAACAAGGUGUUAAGAUCUAUGAGGUCUCUUCUCUCAUCGAUUCAGAAGACCAUGACACAGGCCAUGAACACGAAGGAAGAAGAAAGAGAGGGCUUUAGCAAGAUUAUCAAGUUUGAAAAGCAACUCUUCAGCUGUCAAAGUGUACUUCUGAACAUUGAAAGGCAAUUCAAUGAUGAACACCACAAGGAGACCUUAGAAGAAUUCAGUCUGAUCAACUCUCCAAGAGUUUAUACUUCCCUUACAGUGGCUAAUACACUGAUGAGGAUGAAGAACAAUCUUGAAUCUGCAUAUGGUGCAUCGAGUUACCAAAUCGGUGGAAAGCCCUCUACCCGAUCCAAGCAACCAUCUGCUUUUCUGAUGUCAACAAGGGAAAAGAGAACGAAAACGGUGAAUGAAUCGGAGGCAAGUUCCUCCAGUUUGAAGAGUUCAAACAAGAAGGACUCUGAAUCUGUCGAUUCAAGGUUAUGGCAAGGUCUAGGCGUACUUGCUGCAACUCCGAUGUCCUCACUAUCCACUCCCUCAACCAUUUUGAGGAAACCUUCGAGAUCUUGUGUCUCAAAGGAGAAGAAGACAAAGGCGUCCCGCGCGUCUAAAUCUGUAAAGAAUGCGUCUCCUAUUGUUCAAACUAACCUAGUAGCCGCCGGUGCUACAGAGUCUUCACAACCAGAACAAGGGGCUGUUCUUACCCUUGUGGCUGGUGAAUCCACUAUUCCCGCUCCUAAAGAUUCAUUGGUAGCAGGGAAAGUACCUCGUGUGGAGCUCCCUGCUGAGCUCUGUAAGGAACCUCAAUCAGCGUUUGAACUGAUGCGUUCCAAAAGACAGUCAGGUGGAAUCGUAAUCGGUGAACCCAGAAUUGCUCCAAAACCCGUAGAGGUUGUUGGAAAAGCUGAGAAAUUGGAGAUUUUUGAAUCUUGGUUUCUCGAGAGAUUGUCAUCCAAGUAUAAUGAUUCUUUGUCAAACUCUACUAUAACGAAAGAAUGGAAGAAGAGGGUGGCAAACGAAAACAAAGUUCUGAAAAGGGAUAGAACUUCAGAGGUUGCUGAGGCUCUAAAGAGAAAAGAUUUUGUAGAAGCUUGUCUGUAUGGAAAAGCUCUUUUCCCAAUCUUCGAAGCCAGAAAGGCAAACUUCAAUCCUUUUGAGAAAGGAUCUGAAGUAGAAGUGAAGGUUUUGAAGAAGCUAAACGACAUCCUAGAUGGCUACGUCUCAGUAGCUUCUCGACACAUUCAUGGCGCCGAUUGCUCUAGUGCAGAACCUCUAAAUGAUGAUGAAGCUAUGGAUAUUCUUAAUGCUGAGAAAGAUGCUGAUGAGCUAGAUGAUGCUCUCGUGAUCGAAUUCGAGAAUCUUUCUCCCGAAGAGAGACGCAUUCUAGAUCAACCCAUUCAAGAGUUUCCGAAUGAAGAAGAAGAAGAAAGAGCUGAAGAAGAAAUUGAAGAAGAAGAGCAGGAUGAAGCUGCUAAGAAGGCCGAAAAGAAUCAACUGGAGCAAUCCUUGCAGAUUCACAUAAACUUUGAGUCAAUUAAGAGCAUGGUUGCAGAGUCUGAAGAGAUCUCAUCUCCUGAAGAGUCCUCUAUCGAAGGAAACAAGGUGUUAAGAUCUAUGAGGUCUCUUCUCUCAUCGAUUCAGAAGACCAUGACACAGGCCAUGAACACGAAGGAAGAAGAAAGAGAGGGCUUUAGCAAGAUUAUCAAGGUCCUUACUGAGUUUGACAACACUUUGAAGAAGAACAUUUAUGAGACUCAUGUCGCAAAUCUAAACUUCUCAUAG